ACUACACUUCCAGACGGCGAGAGGUCCGAUGGUCCGAGGUCGCUGCAGAGACGAAACGAAACUUUGCAGACAUGAUGCACCCCACACGCAAGCGAAGAAGGAGACAGGAGGCUACUCCGAGGUGGUCUGAGGUGCUGCUGCGAGGUGUGCUCGACGAAGAGAUGGGGUCGAUCUAAGAUAAAAGGAGCAUGUUUGCAGUCUGUUCUUGGUGACCCUCAUCAGUCUCCAACAUGCUCUCCCUCUCCCUUCAGCUUGCAAUUGCGGCUGCCUCUGCCGCGUCCGUGGCUGCCCUACCACCUCAUGAUGCUCGGACUUCUCUCUUGGCCCGUCAGAGCAACGAUCAGCCCAUCAAAGUCACCGAUUACUCCGCGUACCCUGACCCGGCCCGGUGGUCUCAGGCUGCGUACUGCAACGUGCAGUCUGGCGACAACGUCAACAAUGCCAAUGUAAUCAAGACUUUCGGCGAUGGGUCCGACACACCUUACGCCUAUGUUGCAUGGCACGAAGCGUCCAACAGGGUCGUGGUUUCUCACGAAGGGACGGACCCGAGCAAAUUCCAGUCGAUUGAGAAUGAUGCCGACUUCGCCCUUGCUCCGCUCGACAGUCGGCUCAAUGGCUGUCUCGACGGCGCUUCUCAACUGCAUCACGGAUUCCAAGACACCUGGACGCACACUGCCGACGACAUUCUCUCGACCGUGAGCGACCAGCUCAGCCAGCACCAAGGUGCCAGCGUCUUGGUCACGGGACACAGUCUCGGUGCUGCAAUUGCCUCUCUCGACCAUGCCUACCUCACCUGCAAGCUCAGCGGAACGACGGUCAGGGCAAUCGUCUUCGGUCAGCCCCGCACAGGCAAUCUCGCUUUUGCCAACAGUGUCCCGGCCUACGAGCACUUCAACAACGGUGACGACCUCGUACCACGUGUUCCGCCCCGCGCUGACGACAUCUCGUCGGCCAACGACGGCUACUGGCACGCCGCUGGCGAGCUGUGGCAGAAGGCUGCCGACGAAGUGAGCAGCCUCGUCAGCUGCCCUGGACAGGAGAACUCCAACUGUAUCGAUGGCCAGGGGACAGUCAACAUCAUUGACCACUUGGGCGUCUAUGCCGGCGUCACAAUCGGAGGCACGCCAGAUUGCUAAAAGCAUGAUCGAGAACCAUCUAGUUGUCAAAAAUAUGCUCCUAUCUGCCAAUCUCAAAUGCAUCUUGUGCCAC